UGAGAACCCAACUACCCAAAAGCUGCAAAGAAUCGCCGUCUGAGACAGAAGGUUAUAGUGGAAGGUCUUAAAAGGACGACCAAAAAGGUCUGAGAAGAGUCUACAAAGGUACCGUUAACAGUAGCAUAUACGAGAAAGUUCAAGAAUUCGUUGGAGCCUGUAAGCAGAGUGGUGAUGGGAGACGAGGGUUGGAGAAAGAUUAGACUUUUAUGCCCCUCUGUAUCGAAGAUUAUCGACUGGGUUGCUUGGAACGAUCAGAAACUCGACUUUAAGUCUAUAGCCGCAGCGUUUGGGCUCGAACCGUCGACGGUGAAGCUCAAUGGUCACUUCAUAAGCAGAGAUAAUGAUUUAGUCGCUUCUUGUGUGACGUGGAAGUCUUUGCUCGCUUUCUUCUCAGCUAAAGGCUUGUCUACUGGUAAAGACGGAGCUGGUGCUCUCCUCGUCGACGGCAAGCUCUCUAGAGUCGGUACCAAAAGAGCAUACUCUGGUUCUCAGGAGGACAUAACCAUCAACAAUCUUGGUCUAAACAGAAACAAGAAGUUGAAAGAUAAGUGUUCAGUAUCAGCAGGUGAUGAACCUCUGCUCUCUGGAAGCAACAAGAGAAAACUCUUGUCUGAAGAUAUGCACUCACUCAAGAAACUAAAACUCAAUAUGGGUGAUAGCUCAGGAAGACAAAGUGAAAUCGGCAAAACGCCAUUAAAAUGCAGUUUCACUAGUGAUGGUCUCAAGAGGACAAGAGAAGAUGAUAUGAUUGCGUCCACAUCUCGUAAGAAGAUAAGAUAGAGAAGUACUAUGUAAAAGCAGAGCAUGGUGUAAUAGUUCUUUUCUUGUGUAUUGGCUAAAAGCUAAAUGCAAAAUUUAAACUCUUAAAGUACAAAUCUUAAUGGUCCAAAACACUCUUUGUCGAUACACAUUGUACAAUUA